UACGUGCCGGAUGGUAAUGACCCUCCCUAUUGCUCGAACUUUGUUCCCACGUUGGCAGUGCGUAGUUGGCGAUAGACCGAAGGGGACAUCGGCUUGUUUCGUUCUUUUGAAAACAGAAGAAAUUACGUCCAGGAAGCGCGAGGCUUCUUCUUCAGUUAUUGCUGUCUCGACUCGACACCGAAAUCUGUUUAAAAAAGUGUCACGUACGGAUGAAAGAAACCAGAGGAAGAGGGGACAGCUAAUCGUUGAAUACCUGUCUCGAUUUCUUUUGAACAACCUCGCUCGGUUUAACUGUAUCAGGCAAGCAAGCACAUCGAUUCGAAGGCGUGUCCUGUGUAAUUUCUCGCGUAAAUCGCAAUUAAUUCCAAGGAGUACGGCAGAGGGUUCAAUGCUGGCGGAUUCAGCGGACAACAAUAUUGGCAUGGAUUAUCAUAUUCAAAUAGUUACGAAGGACGAUAAGCUUAGGAUACUAAAAUUCCUUAGAAGGUUCUUCUUCAGAGAUGAGCCGCUUAAUCACUCUAUUCAGCUAAUACCUGAAAGCGAGGACAGCACCUGCAUCGAAUUAGAAGAAUACUGCAGCAUGUCCACGCUCGAAAACAAUCUUAGUCUCAUGGCGGUUUCGACCAGCGGUGCUAUUGUAGGUGUCCUCUUGAAUGGAAAGAUGGAUCCCCCUUGCGACGAAGAACCCGAGUACAUAACCACGUGUGAAAAUCCAAAAUUCAAGAAAAUUCUUAGGUUACUGCGUUACGUGGACAAAAAUGUGAAUCGGGAUGGACAGUAUCAGGGAUUGGAUAUCCUGGAAAUUAGAAUAAUAUCAGUAGACACUAAUUGGAGGGGCAAAGGAAUCGGCAAGGCACUCGUAGAAAAAGCUAUUGAAAUAGGAAAGGAGAAGGACUUUCACAUGGUACGCGCCGACUGUUCGUCCUUUUUUUCUGGCAAACUUUGUGCACGACUGGGCUUUGAACGAAUAUACGAAUUGAAAUAUGCGGAUUACGUUGACGAAGAUGGUGAUCCCAUCUUUUGUCCAGCGUUUCCGCACACGUCAAUCAUCACAUACAUAAAAAAGCUAUAAAGGAUACCGCAGCACGAUAUAUUUUCAACAUCGAGUACCUGUUUAGAACGAAGAGUAAUUAUUCUGAUAAACGCACUUUGAACUUUAUACUGUAUUCCUCUUUUUGGCGGUUAUUCGAACGUAUUGUAUUAUAUAUUUUUCGUUUCUUAAAUAAACCAUUAAUUUAUUUAUUACUUUUA